AUGCCUACAAGGCUGAAUGCACAAUAUCCGUCUCGGCAGUGUACUUGGCAUAGAAAUCUCGAUAGUCAACUUGUCGUAGUCAUAGCAUUUGUCGUCAACGCGCACGUUGAGAAGCUGCCACAUUGGAAUGGGGAGCUCAUAGCCGCCAUCAAGUAUUACCCCCAAUUUGUCGUCAUUGGGCUUGCGGUACUUGCAUUUUACCUUGUACCGUCCGUCGAAGCGGUCAAUCGUCGUGGGCAGGUCAAAGUACUCCGUCACGUUCCAAAAGAUGGGUUCCGGUCCAUACCACCGCGGGCCGCCCGUAUCCCAGAGCACCUUCCUGCCGUCGCCCUCAUACUCAAAGUCCACGCUCACCUGCCCGGCCGUGCGUAG